GCAUUUUGUUGGUUAAACUAGCCGGCUAACGUUAGCCAGCUAGCUAGCUAGCUAGCUGUUAUUGUUUUUCAUGAUUUCGCGAGAACCAAGAUGGAGGAGAUGGCUGCUGCCAGUGUCCUACAGCAGCCACUCCCGAGUCUUUUUUUUUUUUUGAAGCACUCACACUGAAAUGUCUACCCUGACGCACCACUGAGUUUAGUUCUUCCUAACCUGACUAGUUCUCCAAAAUUAGCGCCUGUGCAUUUGUACUGCAGUGCUAAUGUAGCUUAGCUUGAAUUUCCAACCCGGCGAUUUUAGGAAAAGGAUGCCCGGGAUCGGGCACACUUUGACAGCAGCUGCUAAGCUCUAAUGGGAGGUAACGUUAGCUGUGAGUUGCAUCGCCGAGGCGUUGCAGGAUGAGAAGUCGCUGUGGUCGCCAUGACUCUGAGAGCCACACUGUUUCCAAACACGGGAUUCAAGCAGGACGCUGACGCCAUCGACUUUGACAAAACGCAUUUUGGGGCCCCCACCGCGAGCCUCAAGAGGGAGUCUCGCGACUUUGUUAUAGAUGUUCAAGACGUUCAGCGGGGCGAGAUCCCGAGCAAAUCAAAGGAUUUAGACCAGAAUUACAUGACAAGCAAAGUUUCCCUCGCUGCCACAGUUGCAGGAGUAGUUCAAGGUGACAGUAAAACUGUGGGGAUAUUGUCCCCUGUCAGACAAAUGGGGGGUGAGGGAACCCCAGUGAAAGGCAAACCCCUCUCUGCUGACAAUAUGGAUAACCCUCAGAUGGCUGUGAACAAUAACCCAAAGGACGCUGGUGCUGAUGACAGUGUGAAGGGGGUAGUCCCUGGAGUCCUUGGCACUGCAUCCAUUGAACUUUCCUCUGAGGGCAAGUGGAGGAACAUCAGGAAGACCCCUGCUAAUCCCCACACACAGGCCAACUGCCUCCGGCAGAUACUUCUCCUGCAACUGGACCUCAUUGAACAACAGCAACAACAGCUGCAGUCCAAGGACAAGGAGAUAGAUGAGCUCAAAGCAGACAAGGAGACACUGCUUGCACGUAUUGAGCGCAUGGAGCGUCGCCUGCAGCUCACAAGGAAGGACCCGCCACGUGACAAGCGCCUUUUCCAGCCCCUGGAGCCAUGGACCCCUGACAAGGAGGACAUGUGGGAUCUGGAUGCAGAGGAGAGUCAACAGCCCAACUCAGCCACUCCGCUCCCCUUUAGUCGGGGUGGCAAAGGUCAAAAGAGGAAAUCCUGCUUUGGAGAUGCAAAAGUCCAGAAGUCACGGGGCAAAAGUGCCAAACUUAGCCCCCAGAAGCCUGAGAUUCAGCCUGGCUCUCCCAAUCAAAGAGAGCUGCGCAGUAAGGAAACCCCAGAGAAGACAGUACCUGUGAGGUCAGGGGCAGAAAGGGACAUUAUGCUCCCGUGCAAAGAGGAGCCUGAGCUGGGUUGUCAGAUUGAAGAUCUGCCCUUCAUGUCUACUACUGAGAUGUACCUCUGUUGCUGGAACCAACCUCCUCUGUCUCCUCUGCGUGAGACUUCCCCUAAAAAGGAGGAAGAGGUGGCCAGUGAGUGGACUCCUCAUGUAGUACAUGAUAUGCUGAUUGUUUUUCCAUCUUGGAGGGAAAAUCAUAUAGAGCCCUUGGAUGAGGACUCCUCCUUUAACCCCCCUGAGCCGCUGGACGACAAUGUGUUUUUGAAACGCCACUUGAAGCUCGAGUUGGAUGAGAAGAGGAGGAAAAGAUGGGACAUCCAGCGAAUCAGAGAGCAGCGCAUGUUUCAGCGUUUGCAGCAGCGCAUGAACAGGAAGAAAGUCGUCCCGGAGACUGAGCCAGAGCUUUCAUCCUUCUAUCCCGACACUGAAGAUGUUGAAACUAUAGUGAUCACUCCCUUCUUGCCCGUGGUUGCAUUUGGCCGGCCGUUGCCCAAACUCUCACAACAGAACUUCGAGCUGCCUUGGCUGGAUGACCGAAGCCGAUGUCGCAUCGAGGUGCCCAAAAAACACACGCCUCACCGGACCUGUCGGAAGUGAAACCCAUGUGGCAUUAACAGCGGAGAGAUGCCGCUCCAUGUCCAGAUUAGGAAAUGCUACAUUUGUCUUGUCUUGUCUUGGGGGGCGGGGGGUGGGAGACAAGUCACCAGUCACCAGUCACUAUGUAUAACUGCUGUUGCUUUCAGUCUGUGGGAGAGUUAAUGACUCUCCGGUCUCAACGUGUCCCUGCAGACCAGCUGAUCUCCUGCAGAAUAUUGUGCAAGGAUGGGAGAUUUGGGUGUCCUUGAUAUUUUUGGUCUCAUUUGCACCUCUGAAAAGGAGUUUAAAUCUCUGCCACAAGAUUACAGUCUCCAUGUUAGCAGCUGUUGAAGAUUACACAUCAGUUUGUAUUCUGAAAAAAAAAUGAACCAACAGUUAUGUGCAUGUUCUGUAACAUGUUGAAAAUACAUUUUGUAGCAGCUGUGCCAUCCAAAAUUGAUUUUAACACACAAAAGUGGAGUUUGUCACUUUUUAUGCAUAGUCAGCUGACAAGAGAGAUUGGACUCUAAUCUUGAGUGUAUUCGUGGGUGGGGGGGCGGCAUUGGUUGCCAUUUUGACUUAAAAGUAGAGUUUGAACUACAUGUCAAUAUGGUUGCAACAGUUGCAACGUUUUGUUCUGGGUAGUCCUACCACACUCGUUCUCCCUGCCUAAAUGGGGGGGGGAGUCAAAAUCUGACUGUAUCGUGCUGUGUAUUGCCUAUAUUGUUCGCACACAACUUCAGAUAAGAUUUUAUCAAUGUUUAGUGUGAUAUCGGGAGUUUUGAGCCACACUCAGCAUGAUUUCAUAUUUAAAAAAAAUUGCAGUUCUUGCCAAUCCAAUGUAAGGAAAAAAAAAAAUUAAGAAAAGCAACCAAAUGAUUGUUAUGUGUUCAUGGUUUGCUUUAUGAAAACAAAGGGCACGGAAAUUUAGACAGGUGGUAACUUGGCGUGAGACCCAGUGUUCUGUUCCCUGGUUUGUUUCUAUUAGUUAUUUUUUUAUGUAAGAUGCAUGGACUCUAUUUAGCUGUUUCAAAAAAAAGUUGGUAGCAUGGCUUAACCCCAGAAUGGAGAAUAAUCUCUGCUCAUUGGGCUACAAAAACUACAAAAUACUGUUCUUGAAAGCAUGACUUUUGGCUGCUCUGUUCAGUGAGAACUGCUGCGUUCAGCCUCAUCACGAGGCGACCUGAUAAUAACAAAGUACAGUUUUGAUCUUUCGUGUUUCCGAUCUUUACAAUACGCUUACAUCCAGUAAAUAUUAGGCAAGUUGUGUGUAUGCAUUGGUCUCUUAAGGAUGCAGUUAGCUGACAUUCAAGGGAACCACUUUAGACGAUAAAUAAGCUUUCUAGCUGUAGUUCUAGUUCCAGUAUGCUCUUUAACAUGCUGCCAGUUAAUCUCUGCCUCUCUGGGUUAAUCUCAGUUACAGUCGCAGUGUUUCAUUUCUGCCCGUGUUUUCUUCCUCGCUGCGUUUGUUCAGCCUGUUUUACAUAUGAUGCAGUGGCUUUCUGCAGCUUCAAUACUUCAACUGCCAGGCGUAUGUGUAGGCAGAUUUUGGAAAUACAAAGUUGAUUUUUUUUUUCUGUACAUAGCUUUCAGAAACAAAUGUACAUAAAACAUGCCUGUUAUUUUUUUAUUAUUUAAUGUUGGAAGUGAGUACAUUCAAUAUUGUUCUAUGAUUGUAUGUUGACAAAUUGACAGUUUUGAAAGUUACAUUUUUUUGGAAUAAAACUAACUUGUCUGAUA